GACGGGAUGGCGGCGGGACGAUGCUGACGGUUGGAAGCGCAGGCGGUGCCGAACAGCAGCGACACGGCCAUGGCCAGGCUGGCCGAUUACUUCGUGCUGGUGGGCUACGACCACGACAAGCGCGGAAGUGGUGAUGGUCAGGGCCGGAUUAUCCAACGCUUUCCAGAAAAAGAAUGGGAGGACAAUCCCUUUCCACAGGGAAUUCAGUUGUUCUGUCAGCCAAGUGGAUGGCAUUUGGUUCUCGAAAGGAAAUCUCCAAACUUCUUUGUGGCAGUCUUAACUGAUAUCAACUCGGAGAGGCAUUAUUGUGCAUGCUUCACCUUUUGGGAAGCAGUUGAGAGUUCUCAGCCCCAGAAGAACCAUACUAAUGGUUUCGAUGAUGAAGACUCUAAAUUUGCCCAGGCCCCACAAUUAUUUGCUCCAAAGAGUCUGGUUCUGGUCUCGCAGUUGGAUUACACAGAGGUAUUCAGGAAUUGUCUGGGACUCAUCUACACAAUUUACAUUGAUAGCCUGAAUUUUCCAUUGGAGACAGUGAUUGGAAACCUGUUAACUUGCAUCAUCCCUAUCACAGGAGGAUCUCAGAGAACCGUCUCACUGGGUGCGGGUGAUCGUCAGGUGAUACAGACCCCUAUCAAUGAUGCUCUACCUGUCAGUGGUUGCAGUGUUGCCUUGUUACUCAAGCAGCUUGGUAUUAACAACGUACUGGAGCUUUUCUGUGCUGCUCUAACAGAACACAAGAUUCUGUUCCUGUCUUCCAGUUACCAGAGACUGACGGAGGCCUGUCGAGCUCUUCUUGCUCUCAUGUUCCCUCUAAAAUAUAGUUUUACAUAUAUCCCAAUUUUACCGGCACAACUUCUUGAAGUGCUGAGCAGUCCCACGCCUUUCAUCAUUGGAAUCCACUCCUCCUUCCGAGCAGAUAUGCAGGAUCUGUUGGAUGUGAUUGUAGCUGAUUUGGAUGGCGGUACAGUUGUAAUUCCAGAGUGUAUCCACAUUUCAGUCCUGCCAGAAUCUCACCUGGUCCAAACUCAAACAGCACUUUCCAUGGUUUUGGACCCAGAGUUGGAAUAUGCAGAUUAUGCAUUUCCACCUUCCUCUACAUCAGCCCCUUCAAUGAAAUACCAGGAUAAGGAGAUCCGUGCUGUCUUUCUGCGUUUGUUUGCACAGCUGUUUCAGGGUUAUCGGUGGUGUCUGCAAAUUAUCCGCAUCCAUCCGGAGCCAGUCAUUCGUUUUCACAAGGUAGCCUUUUUGGCUCAACGGGGGUUACAAGAUGAUGAAUUUCUGACUAAAGUUCUUGAUGGAAUGGCUUUUGCACGGUUUGUAUCAGAAAGAGGCUCACCGUAUCGACCAUGUGACUUGUUUGAUGAGUUGGUAGCAAACGAAAUUGAGAGAAUACGAUUGGAGGAGGGAAGUCCACAGAAAGUUCUGAAACAUGUGAAAGAAAUAUCAGAACAGCUUCACCGGAAUGAGAACCCUUAUCCUGCAGUUGCUAUGCACAAAAUACAGAAACCAAAAGAGGGCUCCCAUUUACGGGUGCAACAGAGUGCCUUCCCUCACCUGGAUGAGGGAACAGUGCAGUGGAUCAUCGACCAGGCCACUGCCAAAUUGAAGAAUGCUCCACCUGCAGUUAAAGCUGAGAUGAAAUGCAUGGUGCCAAUGGGACCUCCAAGUGCUACGACGAUUGAUCAAAAUGGUAUCAUUCUUGCCAACAGUGCUCGAAGGUUAGAGGUUGUCAGGAAUUGCAUAACCUACAUAUUUGAAAACAAAAUGUUAGAAGCCAAAAAGUUGCUUCCUGCUGUGUUAAGAGCCCUGAAAGGACGUGCUGCUCGCCAAUGCCUCAGCGAGGAGCUGAAUUCACAUGUUCUGCAAAAUCGAGCUGUUCUCGACCACCAGCAGUUUGAUUAUGUUGUCCGGAUGAUGAAUUGUGCUCUGCAGGAUUGUACGCCAUUGGAUGAGCAUUUAGUUGCUGCAGCUCUACUUCCACUAGUUACUGCCUUCUGCAGAAAGUUGGGAUCUGGUGUCACACAGUUUGCUUACAGCUGUGUACAAGAACAUUUGGUGUGGACCAACCUCCAAUUCUGGGAGGCCAUGUUUUACAGCGAUGUGCAGAACCAUAUCCGAGCAUUAUAUUUGGAAGUCGAUGGUGGCCAUCCUUUGGAAUCAGGUUAUGACCAUGUCAAAAAGCAACAGAGCUCAGCAUUGGAAGUGGCGGCGGAACAAUUACGUGUGUGGCCAACUCGCAGCAAAGAGAAGCAGCAAGAACUGAUUGAUAAAGAGGAGAGCAUAGUAUACAGUCAGGCCAUUCAUUAUGGAAAUCGCCUUACUUACCUGCUCUUGCCACUUGAUACUAGCAAGAAUCGCUUGCUCCGCAGUACAGCUGUUGGAGACUUGGAGAGUGUAAGCAACAGCUUUGUAACAAACAGUAUUGCAGGCAGUGUGGCUGAAAGCUAUGAUACUGAAAGUGGGUUUGAGGAUGCAGAGACGUCUGAUGUGGCAAAUUCAGUGGUUCGAUUCAUCAACAGAUUUGUGGAUAAAGUUUGUACGGAGAGCGGUGUCAGUAAUGAUCACUUAAAAGCACUGCAUGCCAAUUUACCAGACAUUGUGCAGAUGCACAUUGAGACAUUGGAUGCUGUUCAUCGAGAAAGCAAACGCCUGCCCCCUAUUCAGAAGCCUAAACUUCUGCGGCCCACACUGCUGGUUGGCGAGGAGCUGGUAAUGGAAGGACUGCGAGUGUGCUUGAUGCCAGAUGGACGGGAGGAAUCAGUGAGUGGUUCUUUGGGAGGUCCUCCCAUCCUCCCUGCAGAAGGUGCCAUUUUCCUGACCACCUACCGCAUUAUCUUCAAAGGGGUACCCCUGGAAACACUAGCUGGGGAACAGACUGUGAUUCGUUCAUUCCCUGUUGCCUCUUUCACCAAAGAGAAGAAGAUUAAUCUGCCAUCACGCACUGGCCAAGAUUUCCAGGAUAAGCUCCAAUUGCGAUCGUCCACUUUUCAGUUGAUAAAGAUUGCUUUUGAUGAAGAGGUGGCAUCUGAAAUGGUGGAAUUAUUUCGGAAAAAUAUCCAUAAGUUGAGGUACCCUCAGUAUGUACACACCACCUUUGCAUUCAGUGUGGGCCAGUCACUCAAGCAAAUCAUAGAGCCGAAGCAGAAGGAGAAGAAUCCAUCACUGAGAACUAUGUCCAAGAAUAUUAUGAAGAAUGCAAAGAAAACAAUUGGACGGCAGUAUGUGACCAGAAAGAAAUAUACACCCCCAACCUGGGACCAGCGAGCCACACCUCCGCAUGCUGACAACCUGGACCAAAUCUCUGUUUCAGAGGAGCUGGAGCAGAGUGCACUGACACUUUCCACCACCAUUAGAUCAGAUAAAUCUACCAUGAGCCACAUGGUAGAGCGAGCUUGUUGCCGUGACUACCAGCGCCUGGGCUUGGGCACGUUGAGUAACAGUCUGACCAGAUCGAAGAAUGAGCCAUUCCGAAUAACCACAGUGAAUCGCAUGUAUAGUGUCUGCAGGAGUUAUCCCAGCCUCCUGAUUAUCCCACAGACCAUACAGGAUAGUUUAAUGCAGCGCAUCUCACGAUGUUACAGACAGAACCGCUUCCCUGUUGUGUGUUGGCGGAACUCACGCACAAAGGCUGUGCUCCUGCGAUCAGCUGGGCUGCAUGGCAAGAGUGUCGUUGGUCUGUUCAAAUCCCAGAAUGCACCAGCUGCAGAUCCUUCUCAUUCAGACUCCUCCAGUUUAGCACAAGAAAAGUAUUUCCAGGCAGUGAUAAACUCCAUGCCACAUUAUGCAGAUACAGGUGGUCGCAACACUCUGGGUGGAUUCACAUCUCACAUGAACAGCUCAGACUCGUCUGAUAAGCAAAGGCAACCAAAGAUUGGUGUGCUGAUGAAACAGGUGAUGGGUGGAAAGGAAGAAAUACCGAACACUUUCAGUCGUGGAGUGUUAGGUCACAGUGGCAGGGUUAUCACUCUGGCAAAUCCGAGGGUCACAGUGAAGGGGAGAGAAAGCCCUCAAGGAAAGUGGGGCAGCAUUCGAGGCAGUGGACGACUGAGUGCUUAUUCCCUAAAUUCAGAUGUAGGAAUCCGACUUGCAGGCAAAGAAACCUUGUCUCCACAGGCUAAUGGGGGCCCAUCAGAGUCUCAUUACUUGCGCCAGCCACGUGCAGGCUUGUACAUUAUUGGAGAAAAAUCCCAGUUAAAGGGAGCAAAACAAGAUCCCUUACAGCAGUGGGAAGUUGUCCCCAUUGAGAUACCUGAUGUCCGACAUGUGAAGACCAGCUUUAAAAAGUUGAUGAAGGCUUGCGUGCCAAGUUCUGCACCCAUUGAUCCCAAUCAGUCCUUCUAUCGUUUAUUGGAGGAAUCUGAGUGGCUCUCUCAGCUGCACCGGUUGCUCCAGGUCUCUGUGCUGGUCGUUGAGUUAUUGGACAAUGGAUCCUCGGUGCUGAUCAGCCUGGAGGAUGGCUGGGAUGUAACCACUCAGGUGGUGUCCUUGGUGCAAUUGCUGUCGGACCAACAUUAUAGGACAUUGGAAGGCUUCCGCCUUCUGGUGGAGAAGGAGUGGCUGUCAUUUGGGCAUCGUUUCAGCCAUCGUGGUGCGCAGACAAUGGCCAGUCAGAGCAGUGGUUUCACCCCUGUUUUCUUGCAGUUUCUGGACUGUGUGCAUCAGAUUCAUUUGCAGUUUCCAAUGGAAUUUGAAUUUAGUCAGUACUAUCUGAAAUUCCUGGCAUAUCAUCAUGUCUCUAACCGCUUCCGAACCUUCCUGCUGGACUCUGACCAUGAAAGGAUCGAACUUGGAUUGAUGUAUGAAGAGAAAGGCGAAAGGAAGAACCAACACAUGUACAGGUCUGUGUGGGACUACAUUGAUCGAUUGAAUAAGAAAAUGCCAAUCUUCUUCAACUAUCUGUAUGCACCUGAGGAAGGAGAGGUUCUGAGGCCAUAUGCUAACAUUUCCAACCUGAAGAUCUGGGACUAUUACACAGAUGAGACAAUUUCUGAAGGGCCACCUUAUGACUGGGAGCUGGUAUACAAUCGGCGAGAACAAAUGGAUGAUGGGGAAAGAGUAGAUACCAUGACUUCUCGGGCACAGCGUAAGAUUGUCUGGCCCUGCUAUGACAACCAAAACAAGAUGGUUCCAGAUGCUAUCAGCAAAUUGUUGGAGGAGAUGCAAUCACUGGAGGCUGAGCUGGACCAAGUGUCAGACAAAUGGAGGGAAACUUGGGAUAAGAUCAAAACAGCCCAACAAGUAGAGAGCAAGCAGGAGGGUAAACAUUUGUCUUCAAGUUCUUUGCUAAUGUCCUCAAGCCUGUCGCACCAUCGGAGAUCACAUUGUGUCUAUCUGCAUGAGGCAGUAGUUGGAUCCGCUCUGAAUCUGAGUCUGGACACAGAUAGUAGCACGACCUCCACUCCCUCCAGUGGUGUCAUGGGACGAAAGAGCACGAGCACUUUGUACAGCCAGUUUCAGACAUCAGAGAGUGAACACAGGUCAUAUGAGGGAACCCUUUACAAAAGAGGUGCUUUACUGAAAGCAUGGAAACCACGUUGGUUUGUACUCGAUAAAACCAAACAUCAGUUGAGAUAUUAUGAAAGUAAACUGGACAUAGAUGUGAAGGGGAUCGUCGACCUCUCAGAAGUAGAAUCUGUUACUUUGGGAGCAAUAGUAUUGGGAGCCCCCAAAAACAUUGAGGAAAAAGCCUUCUUUGAUCUGAAGACAACAAAAAGAGUUUACAAUUUCUGUGCCCAAGACAGCCAGAGUGCCCAGCAAUGGAUUGAUAAAAUACAAAGCUGCCUGUCAGAUGCGUGAGAAGCGUGUACUGCAACCAUUGCCUGUGCGCAACUGGGUAUGGAGUUCAUCGUCUGGACCUCUGUCAUUCAUGGACAACAACUGUUGUAUCAGAAACACAAGAAUCAGAAUAUUAUGGAAACUUGUGAUUUCUCAGCCAUCUAAUUACAGAGUCCAGAGGCAAUGAGGGAGGGAUGGUGGUGAUUAGAUGUCUUGCUACCCCAUGCCCAGCAUUGAUGGACAUGUGUACUUAUUAGGGAUGUUUCAUUUGAAUCAGCAUGUGCUUGGACAGAGGGAGAGAGCUUAUUGCACACACCAAAUUAGAAGAAGGUUACAAACUUGAGUAACUACAAAAGAAAAAUUAAACCUUUAAACCCUUUCUUGCUUAGGGCCUUUCCCCACACACAAGGAUUCCUCUUAUCUCUGAAUUAACUUGUGUGUUGGACUCUUGCCAUUUUGAAUAGAAUCAUUUGUGGCCAAACUCCUGAGAUGAGAGCUGAUAUUCCAGAUUAACAACCCAUUGCUGAAAUACUAAAGCCUAAAAAACCCUUUGACUGAAACAGUUUCGAAGUUACAGCAAAACUUGAGUCACAUCCAUCAGAUUAUUUGCCUAUUCCUGGAGAAAAGAUGUGGAUCAACUGUCAGUUAAUUUCAACUGCCUUUGUUAUAGAUCAUGUGAGAUGUCUUGUAACCACUGGCUUCUUGUGUGAUGCUAUAACUUUAAUUCAAGAAUCAGUGGAAGGCAACAGGUGAAUCAAGCUAAAUUAGUAAGAAAGGAGUAAAUGUAGAAUUCCAGUCACAGACUGGGAAUAAAGACAUCUCUGUACAGGGGAACAUGUAACGGCUCUUUCCUUGAAAGGAAUUCUUUACAGAAAAAAUAGGCUACAAAGUAAGGCCAGCCUACUGUUUACAAAUCAAAAUGGGGAUAAUUUUUGCUCAGGUCUAAUUUCAGUGGGUCAGUGCUGCUGGAACAAUUUGUGGCCAAUUUUGUCAAGGAAAACAGCAGCCAUUUGCACUUGUGAACAAGAGGUGGUUAAAGGUACACAGUUGUGUGUGUUUGUUCACUGAGCAGCUCUCAAUGAGAGUGUUAAUGUUCUUAAAACGACUUAGAACCCUUCAAAUGUAAGGGCAGUAGUAGGACAAUGAGGGAUGUGUUUGUGUUUAGUUCUAUAUUAACUUAUGCAGUAAGGGGUAGGGCUUGGCAGGUGGUGUAUGCUCACUGUGUUUACAGAGACAGCUGUGCUGGAUAUGUGUAGUGGGGCAGGUCUGACCCAUAUCUUUCCCAGACUGCCUAUUUCCAAUUUACCUUCCAUUGGAUCACAUUGAGAAGGAGGGCAAGAAGGAAUAGCUGAGCAGGAGUGGUGUCCUCCAGCUCUCAUGGGCAGCUGCACAGAAACAACACAGCUGAGAGGUUAUUUUAACAGUGUUGUUUCUUUAAUUCUGCUGUUCAGUGCUGUACAGCUGUACAUAGUUUAAUUCUUGUUCUAUUUAUGCAACAGCUUCCUAGAUAUCAGUGUACAGGUCAAAUGAUAUUUACAAAUUGUUGUGUAUUCACAUGUAUUUGUUAUCAGUUUGAACAAAAGCAAUGUAAUUGAGCCAGUGGUACACUGAGGGGUGUCUCAAUAUUAUAUCUAUCACCAACACACUGCAGUUAAUGCUUCAUAGUCACGUCCGCUCAAUCUUGGACAGCUGAAGGGUGCUCGGGCCACAGGAAGCAGACACUUGCACUAAUUCCAGAGGUCCAAGUUUUGGUGGGAAUGGGGUGUGGUGGUGGUGGUGAUGGUCAAGAGAAAACCCAUCCCAUGCUACAAUAUGUAGAACUUCAGUCAUAUCUUUAGCAUACAAAAUCCUAUAUGUCUCAGGACAAAUCUGUCCCAAAUGCAAAGGUCCAUAUUUUAUGGAUGAAUUCAAAUUGUUGGGCAUUUGCUCCUGUGACUCCGACUGAGGGGUCAAGAUUGCAUUCAGGUACGUUUGGGGUUGACUUAAUGUAUGGUUUCAGGUUACAAACAAUGAAGACAUCUUAUCCUGUUGUUUAUUGUUAAUAUUGUGGUUGUCAAUUUAAAAUAUUGCUAGAAUCUGUUUCACAAACUCAUGCUUUCUCUUGCUGUCAUUUAUUCACUACCUGUCCAAAUCACCCUUUGCCUUUGUUUAGAAACAUUGUGUAAAUUUUGCAGCUUGUACUUUUUCUGUCUGUCCUGUUUUACAGUAUCCUGAGUUUUGCAUUGUUGCCUUUAUUGCCUGUGUUGUCAGAUCCCUGUUGUGUAUACUCAUUUCCAACUGUUUGCUGCUAAGAUUUACCCUUAAACAUGCCUGGUGUAUCUAAACUAGCUAUGAGGAGAGACUCAAAUGAUGUUGAGGGGCCUCAUUAUUUCAGAUCCUGUCAGGUUUGAGAUGUAUUGUUGCUUAAAACAAUGCCUUUAAAACUCAGCUGAAUAUUUAAUCUUUCUGAUAUGAAGCACGUAGGCAAGGACACUUACUGUUUAAAAAAAGUGAUUUUUCUCUCCAUUUUGUUUUGAAUGAACUGUAUAGCCUAAAAGAGCUGAGCAACGUGAGAAUGAAAUCUCCUUUGUUCUAGGGUGCUUUUUAGAGUGGAUGGCUUGGUGGAAAGCAUGAAAGUGCCGCUUUGCUUGAUGUUAAUGGGCCUCAGCAGAUUGCUGCAGAAAAGCCUGCUCCUCUUAGACCUUGUUUCACUCACUUCCACUGCAUUUGUUGUUUCAUACAGACUGUGCCGGCUUUUAGUAUCUGUGGGUCUACCUAGCAGUUGAUCUUUGCGUUAUUCUCAGUGCUCCGUACUUGCAGCCGCUGUGAGAAAUGGCCUAACCACUCUGCUGCAUGUGAGACACCAUUCUUGCCUUCCAGAUCUCUCAAGUUAAGUUCUAAAUUCUAAAUCUCUUAAGUUGUAGCCACAGCUCAGUAUUUACUCCUCUGAGGCACAUUCUUUUAGGCAUGUACGUUGUUCUGCACCAUAGUUGUCAAUCAAAGAAAGUUGCUGCUGUGCUCUAUUGAAAGGAUUGGGAUGUGGAAUGAAGAUAGGAGGAUUUGCUCAGUCUUAUCACACGGCAGUUUGCUGUUUGAACUGUUGCUUGUGAUUUGUGUUGCUUAAAUAAACUAAGGGUUCAUCCAGAAAUGAAACCGUCACCACAUACAAGGCUGCUCAGGAGACUAGAUUCAGAGCUGAUGUCUAAGCACUUUUUUUUUGUUAGAAUUCACUAUAUUUUCAAAUCUGCCCCUGUAACCUGUCUACACCUUCAUUAAAAGAUGGGGAUCUGAGCAACAUCACGAGGCUUUCAAACCAAUCCUUGCUUAAAGCCCCCAUGGGUGCCCAUAGGUCAGUACUGUGAAUGCCUGAAAUGGAUGGAGAAUGAUCCUGAGUUGCACUAUUUUGUAGUGAAUACUUAUCCUAAUAAGUGCCACUGGAAAGCAACUUUUUUUUGCAUCAAAUGUUUGUCAGUGGGUAGCACUGUGGCUCAGUGAUUAGCACUACUGCCUCAGAGGCAGAGACCUGGGUUUGAUUCCACUGUUGGUAACAGUGUGGAGUUUGCACAUUCUCUCCCUGUCUACGUGGGCUUCUUCUGGGUUGAGACUCUGGUUUCCGCCCACAGUCCAAAGAUGUGCAGGUUAGGUAGUUUGAUCAUGCUAAAUUGUCCAUAGUGUUCAGUGAUAUGCAAAUGAGGGUGGCUAGCUAUGGGAAAUAUACGAUUACAGGGAUUGGUGUGGGGGCGGGGGGCGUGGUCGCUCUUUGGAGGGUUGGUAUGGACUCAACAGGCCAAAUAACCUGCUUCCACACUGUAGGGACUCUAUGAUUCAGUGGGAGGGAAUGCAUUUUAUUUCUGUAACAUCAUCCAGUCUAUCCAGGACCAUUAUCAUAGGUUAGGUACAAAGUAAAGCUGUUGCCACACUGUCGCAUCAAACAUUCCCAGGCCAAGUUCCAUGCAGUCAUACAAAAUAAGGCUUUUUCCACAGUGUUACAAUAACAUGCGUCACCACAAGCUGAGAUUUCCUAUGACUAACAAUCUGUCCUAAUGCCACAUUGUCUUUUCAAAUAUCAGCUUUUUGAGGCUACCUUGGUUAUUGUAAAAUUUUGUUUUGAUGUGAACUGUGUCCAGCUGGUACUGGACUUAGGAAUCCCAUUUUGUUUAAGACCUUUGUAGGAGGCUGAGGGUAAAGACCAGACAGGAUUGAGACUCCAGUCCUCAUGUGAAAGAGCAAUAUACCCAGCAUUUACAUGAACCUUUCUAGUUUGCACAGCUGUCCUACAUUGUAUGGUACCUGAUAGAACAAUGUCAGACCUGUGAACGUGGUAAAAUGAUUGAGGCCAAUUAUGAAUCCACUGACCAAUAUGGCAUGCUAGAAUGUUCCCUACUUUGUAACAAUGAUCAGCCACAUUAUGGAGAAACAUUAUCAUUAUUGUAACAUACUUUCCUCCAGCAACUUCCAUUCUGUACAAUCAACACUUAACCCAAAAUGCAUGCUUCAGUUAUGCCCAGAUAAUCUGAAUUGGGAGCAUUCCCAAUGGCAGAAAUGCUGAUGAGGAUUAUUUGAACAAACAAGUAAUUUUCUUCACUUUUUGAGACUUGGAAAAAUUCUGCCUGUAGUUCCCUUUCUUCCGAGUUUACUGACGAUAUUCAGCGAAAACUGUAGCUACUUGACCAACUGAUGAACAGCAAAAAACAGAGUACACAAUUGGUGAUCCCAGUGAUCAUUGCUGGGUCCUUGUUCAAUGUAAGUAUGAUUUCAGGGAUCUGACAGCCAGAAGGUAGGGUAAGCAAAGUAAUUUCUUGUUUUAUUUGCAGAAAUUGUGGUAAAUUGAGCCUUUUAUUUUGGAUUCCUAUAAUCCUCUGUUCAGAGCUUUUUCAUUUGGUCCACAUGAAAUCCAUUUUACUUUUGCCAAGCUUUUAACUUUGAAAAUGCUUUUAUUUGAAAUAUGAAGAUAAUUCUUUGUACAUAGUCUCAAUUCCUGUAUAAAGAUGGAUAAGUUCAGAUUGUAAAAUAAAGUAACCAUGUAGAAUUUGGGAUUUCUUUAGUCUGAACAUUGUGGUCUCCACAGAGUCCUGUUUUGUGCUUAGACAAAGAAUAACUGAAAUGUAAUAAAAUAUUACUUUUGGAACCUC